CUCCCUCGUCGUCGCAGCCGAAACCUCGCUUACAUCGCUCCAGCUCUCCCGCCCUUCAACAACUCUGUCCAUGGAUCAUGCGGAGCUAACUACUGAAGAGGUUCUACGGAGGGAUAUACCAUGGGAAACAUAUAUGAGAACAAAGCUGAUCUCAGGAACAGGCUUGCAGUUGUUGAGGCGAUAUGACAAUAAAUCUGAAAGCCAACGGGCAGCUUUACUGGAUGAUGAUGGACCUGCUUAUGUUAGGGUGUUUGUAAAUAUUUUACGUGAUAUUUCGAAGGAGGAAACGAUCGAAUAUGUGCUUGCCCUCAUUGAUGAAAUGUUAACAGCGAAUCCUAAACGUGCGAGAUUAUUUCAUGACAGGACUUUAUCAGGCUCAGAUACCUAUGAUCCAUUUUUAAA